AUGGCGGGAGUUGGGUUGGGUUGGGUCUGCUCUGCUCUGCUGUGCUCUGGUCUGGUACGGCUGAGCAAAGUCGGAGAGAAGAAGGAACGAGAGAAGAGAAGAGAAGAGGGAGAGAGAAGAGAGAAAGAGGAGAGGGAAAUGGAAGAGGAAGAGAGAGUCAGUUCGCCAUUGGUCUUUCAAAUGGCGAUCGAUGAUGGACAACCAAGAUUUCGAUCUCGAUCCCGGGCCGGCAGCAGUUGGCGUCGACCAGGAGUCUUGCAACGAGCUUGCUACGAUGCGAUCCACGCCCUAGCCCACUCUCUCUCUCACUCCCACACCCAAGCCCAAGCCCCACGCGCUGACGGACGUUCGGCACCACGGCCUUCGGCUGCUGCUGCUGCCGCUGCUGCCGCUGCUCGGCCGGGCGACCUAUGGAGGGGGCUGACAGCAGCAGAGACAAAACAGCCGAGAGCUGGCUGGGUCGGGCCCGGCUCGGGAGAUCCCCAAUCCAGCUCUCCCUCGACGCGACGCCGUGGAAGAGCCCGCGCGGCAAGGUCGGGUACGGUAGGGUACCGCACGGCAUGGCUGGCACCUACCUCAUCCUCAUCCUCUCAUCGGCCUGCAGUGCGCCGGCGUGCCGGCUCGCCUUCUCCUCGUGUCCCCGCCCGCGAAGGCCAUCCGUCCGCGUCCGGGGGCGCCGUCGCCGUGUCGUACGGCCUGAUCGUCGCGUCGCGCUGGUGGUGUUCGGCAUCGGCAUGGCAUCGGCAUCGGCUCCGCCGUCCGCCGUCCGCCGUCGUCGUCUCGGAAGGACCGGCUCACCCGGCUGAGAAGGAUGACGGCAACGUCGUCGGCAGCGCGCGAAAGGUUCUAGAGCUUGCACACCGCGAUACGCCAUCUCCGCUUUGGGAACGUACGUGUGGUUUGAUGUUGGGCCCUUCGUCAGCUGCAGUUGGCCCCCUCGCACGACCCACCGGCUUCUCUUCUCUUCAGGGGAAAGAGUGCGGUACGGUAGUCCUUGGUCGGUGGGCCGUGGUCGGUGGCCCUUGGCAGGUGGCAGGUGGCAGGUGGCAGGUGGCAGGUGGCCCUUGGUCGGUGGUCCUUGGUCGGUGGCCCGUGGUCGCUGGGCUUCGGGCCUGGAACGACAGGAGACCACACACGGGAAACCUGCAGCCUGCUGAGACUGGCGAAACCUCUGCUGCCAGCUGGACUCAGUGUCUCGUGACCCGUCUCUCCAACGAAAAUAAUACCGGUACUCCUCUAGGCUACUCCUCUCUAGGCUACUCCUCUAGCCUAGGUACUCCUCUAGCCAACUCCUCUAGCCAACUCCUCUAG